UUUCCAUCAGGGAACGGAUGAGAGUCCGUCCUGCUCCCCUCCCUUUUCCCUCUCUCUUUCUCUCUCCAGCCUCCGAACGCUAAGGACAUAGAGCCGGAGUCAGCCUAGGGAAACUCAACACCAGCAGGGCUCCGGGGGCGGCUGUGUUUACUCAUCACAUGAGCACUGGGACGUUUCCUCAGCUGGGACAGCAGUGUUAGUUUCUGUUGCUUGCUGGGCGCCUCGAUCUCUAUAGUGUUUGUUCUGGAGGAUCAGGGCAAAGGGUGCCGUCUCAAAGGUCACUGAGAUUUCAGUGUGUUGGCAGCGUGAGAAGAAAAAGCCGGGCUGUGAAUAGAGGAAGCAGAAGUUUGUUUGGAGUCUCAGAGGGAUUCAUAUCAUCUGCUCCACUUUGGAUAUUGGGACUAUUCAUCUGACAUAACCUCCGUAACCAAACUCUUGCAGAGGAAAAGAUGGCUGUUAUUUCCUGGGAUAAGAAACUCUUGAACUUGCUGAACUUGUUUACAGCUUACAGGAAAAAGUGAAACUUUCUUGAUGGGCAGCCUUGUUUGUAUGAGCAAGCGUUAUGGGUAAUAUGUGUGGAUGUGUGCGGGGCUCUAAAGAGGAGUGUUAUGUUGAUCCCACGAAAGCCCCAAUCAGCCCUGCACCAAAGGAGCUCAGCGGACGCCGAUACUUUCAAAGGAGGAAGAAGAGGAAAUCGGCAGAGUUCAGUGCUACUGACUCUUUGAGAAGCCAUGGGGCUGAGAGCUGUAGGAGUGAUGACCUGGAGGACGUCACGUCUGGUAGGACUUCCUUCAGUCAGGUUGGUACGUUGAACUCGGAGCAAGAUGAGAUUCCAAGGCCCAGGCAGCCCAGCAUCAGCCAUGGGGUCUAUGUUGGAGAAGUCCCAGUUCCCAGAGGUAAAACCGGGGGUAGACCAGGUGUUCAUCAGAUGGAUGAGGACAAAAGCAGGCCCACUGUGGAGCAUAAUAUACAUAGGGUCACCAAGAGCUCCAGAAGCAUCUCCUCGAAGGACGUGCUCUUGGAAAAGAAACUGUUGAGGAGACAGUUGAGGAGGGCAGUGAGUUUUGGAGCUGUGGAACAUAUGCUCCAGACACUGAGAGGAAACAACUCCUUGAGGAGCAGGGUGGAUCAUCAGCUGGAAAACAUGGAGGGCUUCUCCAAAAUUAUAUGGGACACUCAAGUGCACAGGAAGCGGAGGAGGGCCCACACUUGCUUAGGUUUAGUUUCCCAGGCUACUUUGGAUACUGUCCAACAAGAUCUUAAUCAUCCUUCUACUGAACAGCAGGAGAUCUCGGACAUCCACGUGACAGGAGAGUCCGAGGACAUGACAGCCAAGGAGAGACUUCUGCUGUGGUCCCGGCAGAUGACCGAAGGCUAUGUAGGCGUCCGCUGUGACAACUUCACUACCUCCUGGAGGGAUGGACGGCUCUUCAGUGCUAUUAUUCAUAAGUACAGGCCCGACCUGGUGGAUAUGAGCAGAGUAUCAACACAGAGUAGCAGAUCCAACCUGGAGCAAGCGUUUGGUGUGGCCGAGCAGCUCGGAGUGGCCCGACUGCUGGACCCAGAGGAUGUGGACGUGUCGUCUCCUGAUGAGAAGUCUGUUAUUACGUAUGUAUCAACGUUAUACGACGUCUUCCCCAAAGUACCGGAGGGUAUGGAGGGCAUCAGUGCAAAUGAUGUGGACAUUAAAUGGGUUGAAUACCAGAACAUGGUGAAGUACCUCAGCCAGUGGAUCAAACACAAUCUGACUGUUAUGGCAGACAGAGAUUUCCCCAGAAACCCUGUGGAACUUAAGGCACUUUAUACGCAGUAUCUACAGUUCAAAGAGAAUGAAAUCCCACCAAAAGAAAAUGAAAAGGCCAAAAUCAAGCAUCUCUACCAAAUGCUAGAGGUGUGGAUAGAGUUCGGUCGCAUCCAGCUCCCUCAGGGGUACCAUCCUAAUGAUGUGGAGAAGGAAUGGGGCAAGCUGAUCGUGUCCAUGCUGGAGAGAGAGAAGAGCCUGAGGCCUGAAGUGGACAGACUUGAAAUGCUGCAGCAGAUUGCAAACAGAGUUCAGCGAGACAGUGUAGGCGGAGAGGACAAAUUAGUGUUAGCACGGACAGCUCUGCAGUCGGAUGUGAAGCGGCUGGAAUCAGGAAUCCAGUUUCAGAAUGAAGCAGAGAUCGCUGGAUAUCUUCUGGAGUGUGAGAACUUACUGAGGCAGCAAGUGGUGGACAUCCAGCUUCUACUGGACGGGAAGUUCUACCUCGCUGACCAGCUCGUUCAGAGGGUGUCUAAGCUCCGAGACGAUCUGCUGGCUUUGAGGACAGAGUGUUCAACCGUCUACAGCAAAGGACACACGCUGACCUCAGAACAGACCAAGAAGAUGAUCUCUGGCAUCACGCAGAGUUUGAACUCAAACUUCAGUGCUGGACUGUCUCCUGCGCUCAGUCACGGAGGCCUGGUCACAUCAGACGGCAGCCCUGCGAUGAGCCCGGCCAUGACCCCCGGCAUGACCCCUGCGGCGGUCCAGACUUACCUCAGCAGCAGAGGAGGAGGAGGCAUGGAGCCCGCUGGCCUUCAGCAGCUCAAACACAUGCAGAUCCCCAAGCCCAUGCUCAAAUCCUCAUUCCUGGACCCCAGCCUGACCGAGGAUGAGGCUCAUAUGAAGUUUGUGCAGGAUCUAAUCACCUGGGUUGAGGAAAUGCAGGUUCGGCUUGAUCAAGCAGAAUGGGGAUCUGAUCUGUCAAGUGUUGAAUCAAAUUUAGGGAAUCAUAAAGAUUUUCACAAAGCCAUAGAAGAAUUCCAGAUGAGCAUUAAAGAAGCCAAUGUGAGUGAGAUGACCCAGCCGCUGAAGCAGAGUUACUCCGAGGAGCUGAAGACGUUAGAAAGCCAGUACGGCAGGCUGCUGAAAUGCUCCGGUGAGAGGCAGAAGCACCUGGACAGUCUGUAUGAUUUUGUGUCCCGCGCCACGCAGGAGCUGAUCUGGCUCAAUGAGAAGGAGGAAGAGGAAGUGGCUUUCGACUGGAGCGAGAGGAACAGUAACAUUUCAAGGAAGAGAGAUUAUCAUGCAGAUCUCAUGAGAGAACUGGAUGACAAGGAGCAGGUGAUCAAGUCAGUACAGGAGAAGGCAGAGAGCCUCCUGCUGGAGAACCAUCCUGCCAGACUGACCAUCGAGGCGUACAGAGCAGCCAUGCAGACUCAGUGGAGCUGGAUACUGCAGCUCUGUCACUGUGUGGAGCAACAUCUGAAAGACAACGCCGUCUACUUUGACUUUUUCAGUGGUGCCAAAGAGUCGUUGGAUUACCUUAAGAGUCUCCAAGAUGCCAUCCACAGAAAGUACAGCUGCGACAGAAGCAGCAGUUUACAUCGGCUGGAGGAUCUCAUUCAAGAGUCCAUGGAUGAGAAAGAGCAGCUCCUGAAAUACAGCAGCACAGUGGGUGGGUUAGUGGGACGGGCAAAGUCUGUAGUUCAGCUCAAGGCCCGUAACCCAGAGAACCCCAUCAGGACCUCCACACCCGUCAAAGCCAUCUGUGACUACCGCCAGAUAGAGAUCACCAUCAGCAAAGAAGAUGAGUGUGUUCUAGUGAGCAAUUCUCACAGGGCGAAGUGGAAAGUGAUCAGUCCCUCUGGAAAUGAGGCCAUGGUGCCUUCAGUCUGCUUCAGUGUACCUCCACCCAACAAGGAGGCCAUUGAAAUGGCAAGCAGGAUGGAGCAGCUGUAUCAGAAUGUUCUGGCUCUGUGGCACCACUCUCACAUUAACAUGAAGAGCAUCGUAUCCUGGCACUAUCUGAUGACUGACAUCCGCACCAUCCGCAAAAGCACUGUUGCCUCGAUCAAGACGCUCUUGCCGGGUGAUCACGAGCAGGUGCUGAGCAGCCUUCGGUCCCACUUUGAGGACUUCCUGAGGGACAGUGAUGAAUCUGAGGUUUUUACGGUGGCUGAUCGUGCCCAGCUGGAACAGGAGGUUCUGGCUUGUAAGGAGUACUAUGAGGAUCUCCUUAAAUCUGCAGAGAGAGAAGAACACGAGGAGUCCGUGUACAAUCUCUUCAUAUCUGAGGUGCGCAACUUCCGCAUGCGGGUGGAGGGUCAUGAGGAACAGCUGAUCCGGAAAAUCCGUACCCCGCUUGACAGAGAUGACCUGCAGGAGUGUGUGCUGCGCAUCACCGAACAGGAGAAGAAGAAGGUAGAGCUGGAUAGGUUGAAGGAUGACCUGGAGAGUCUGAGAGAGAAGUGUGACGUCUUCCUCAGGCAAGCAGCUGCCUCUCCAUCCGUCCCUGCGCUUUCCUCUGAGCUGAACAUCCUCACUCAGAGCAUGAACCAGGUCUACUCCAUGUGCUGCAUCUACCUGGAGAAGCUGAAGACAGUGAGUUUGGUGGUGAAACACAGUCAGAGUGCCGAAGCUCUGGUAAAGCUUUAUGAAGCAAAGUUGUGCGAGGAGGAUACAGCCAAUGCUAAUAUCAAAUCUAUUGAUGGCGUCAUGAGCACUCUUAAGCAAUGGAGGUCUGAAAUCGAUGAAAGGCGUGAGGUAUUCCAUGACUUAGAGGACGAGCUGCAGAAGGCACGAGUGGUCAGUGAGCGCAUGUUCAAAACGCACAACGAGAGAGACUUUGAUUUGGAUUGGCACAAGGAGAAGGCCGACCAGCUCAAAGAACGAUGGCAAAACAUCCAGUCUCAGAUUGAAAACAGGCUCCGGGACCUGGAAGGCAUCAGCAAAUCACUUAAGUAUUACAAAGACACAUACAACAGCCUUGAUGAAUGGAGUAAAGAAAUGGAAGCCAAGCAGCUCAAGGCCCAAGAAAAUCAGCCCGAGGAUAGCAAGGCAUUGGCUGAGUUCCUUAACCAGCAGAAAGUUUUGGUCGCAGAAAUUGAGCAAAAACUAAGUAAAAUUGAGGAAUGCCAGAAGUAUUCAGAGCAGUAUGCAGUUGGAGUGAAAGACUAUGAACUGCAAUUGAUGACUUAUAGAGCCAUGGUUGAGUCUCAGCAGAAGUCUCCUGUGAAGAGAAGAAAGAUGCAGAGUUCCUCUGAUGUCAUCCAGCAAGAGUUUAUGGACCUUCGUACACGUUAUACGACCUUGGUUACUCUGAUGACACAGUACGUGAAGUUCGCAGGUGAAACACUGAAGAGGGCAGAAGAGGAUGAGAGGUCUGUUGAGGAUGAGAAGAAAGAGCAUGGCAAUAAGGUUAACAAGUUGUUAAAUUGGAUGUCUUGUAUGAAAACGAACCUGAACAAAGAUGGAAAGGCUCAAAAUGAUGGCAAACCCAGCACUGAGAGCAAUAGUAAGCCCCAGAUGUCACUGGAGGAGAUGAUGACAAAGAAGGAACAAAUUGGAGAAGCAUUGCGAACUACACAGCUGAUGCUAGCAAAAUACAGUGACAACAUGACUGAAGAAGAAAAGCAAGAAGCAGAAGAGCAGCUGAAAUGUCUUCGUCAAGCCCACAGCGAGAUCUCUCAACAGUGUGCAGAUGCAGCUUCCUCUGCUGAUCAGGCACUGCAGGUCCUCCAAGGGAUUCUGGAUGUUGAAAGUGGAGCUGUCAUGUCUGUGUGUUACUCUGUGAACAAUGGCUUCAUCGACCAGAACACAGGACUUGGUCUUCUAGAGGCCCAGCUUAUAACCACUGGACUCAUUUGGCCUGAACAGAACUUGUAUAUGGACUUGGAAGAUGCAUUCAAGAACAAACUUGUGGAUGACGUAAUGUGCAAGCAACUGCAAGAGUUGAAUGAAGCUAAAAAAUGUCUUCAGAAUCUCCAAUUUGCUUUAGAACCCUUGCCGGUUAUAACAGCCCUGGAAAAUGGGGCUAUAUCUGAGCAAACAGCUAUAAAGAUAAUUGAAAUCCAGCUUGCAACUGGAGGGUUAAGACCAAAAUACACUGGAGAUAUUCUACAUCUGGAAAAGGCUUUUCAACUUGGCCUGAUACCUGAGUCGCUGUUUAUCAAGAUAUUGGCGAAGAAGGAUAGUUGGAAGAACUUGAUUGACCCCAACACUGCAGAAAAAUGCACCCUUAGUCAGCUUAUGCAGAGAUGCAUUAUGCACAAGCUGACAGGACUUCGUCUGCUUCCAGUGAAACGUGGAAAGGAUGGAAAUAUAUCCCUGAUGCCUGGAGGAGAGAUGAGCAUUAUGAGAGCCAUGCACGAGGGCAUCAUUGAUAGGGAGACCAUGUGUCGGUUGCUGAGCACCCAGUUGUUUGCAGGAGGCAUAGCUGACCCCAAAACUGGCCGAAAGGUGACUGUCAAGGAGGCCUUGUCCGAGGGUCUGAUCGAUCAGGACACUGCGAGUGAGAUACUGAGCCAUCAGGCCCAAAAUGGUGGCAUUGUUAAUCCUUGCAGCGGGGCAAGACUUACAGUCGAUGAGGCCGUCCAGUGUGACUUAAUAAGCUUCAGCACAGCGUUGUUAGUUCUGGAGAGACAGAAGGCCUUCAUGGGUCUCCUUUGGCCUAACGCUGGUGAAAUUCUCUCUUUCUCCACCUCUCUUCAGCAAAACAUAAUCACAGACAAACUAGCGUCUGAGUUGCUUCGUAACCGGCACAAAAUAACAGCCUUGUACAUACCUGAAACCUCUGAGGUAGUUGACAUUGAUUCUGCUGGGGAGGACAACUUAAUUGAGACAUUUACAAAAGAGUUGUUGAAGACGAUAGAAAUCCCAGAUGUGUUUCCUGAUAUAGAUGAACUGAAUAACAGGUUUUCAUCCUGGCUGGUAAUGAAGGAGCUUCAAAUUGAUGGAUCUUGUUCCAUCGGUGAAGAAAUCAGUGAUGAAAACAGCACAGACGCACCAUCUCUCUCUGAGGCGAAACAGUUAUUUAUUUCUUACCUCAUGAUGAAUAGCUAUAUGGAUCCAAAGUCAGGCCAAAGACUGUUGAUCUUUGAUUGGCAGUUAAAUAAAAUGGCUAAAUUACUCUUCACCGAAACAUCCGAAUCAGAACAUGUAGUUGAGUUAAGCAGACUUCAUAUGAAGGUUUCCGAAGAGUCUCAACUAAAUAACAAUAUUUCUGACGAUGACAACGCUUGUCUGGAUGCCGAUUAUAGUGCUCUGGGAGAAUUGCAAAUUUGUGAACCUUUGGAAAGCACAACAGAAAAAGAGCAUGGAGUGGUGAAUUCUACAGCAUUACUUAAUUUCCCAAAACCUACUCUACAAUCUGAAUUUGUUAUAAAUACCAUAGAAACUAAUCGCAGAUGUGAUAUUCUACUAGACUGUGUUGAACAUGUGACUGUAAUUGAAGCUAACAAACUGUCUAAGGAUUCUACAUGUUCAAACACAGACAAGUGCCAAGCAGAAACAAGUAACAUAGCUUCUUCUCAAACGUCAGAAGAAAUGCAGUUACCAAAAACAACCUUUUCUGUAGAAGCAACUGCCUCAAGUUUGUGCUCGAUGGAAGUGCAUCCUGAUUGUCAUGAUGCCAAUAAAGACCAGGAAAAACAUUCAAAAGACUCCACACUAUUGUCUAGUGAAACGAUCAGUUAUACAGAAAUGUCCUCUGAAUGUCCACAUACAGAGGUUGUGUGGGAUGACAAGCUUGAGAGAGAUUAUGCCAUCCAUCAAUUAGAGGAAGGUGGGAUUUUGGAUGUUACCUCUGGAAAACGGUAUGAGCUUGAAGCUGCUCUCGGUAAAGGCCUUAUUGAUGAAGAGAUCAUCUUAGAAGUACUCGCACCUCAGCUUCAAGAGGAUGGAUUGAAUGAGAACAAAAAUGCUACAUCAUCAGUUCUGAACAUUUCUGUCAGUAAAGGCUGCAUCUCAAGUAAGGAAGCACUACAGAUCAUGGAAAAGCAGAACCUUCUGGGUGGUUUCUUUGAUGCAGCAGCCGGAAAAACCAUUAGCGUCUGUGAUGCUUUAGAGACGGGUCUGAUUACUGAUGAUCUCAGCAGAAGUAUUUUCUCUGCAGAGGAAAUCAGGAAGGCCACCAUUGAUCCCGAUGGAAAGUGUGUGCUCAGUGUAAACAAUGCCCACCAGUCUGGGAUGUUGGAUGAUGAAGAGGCUGAGAGGAUACAUUCACAACAGAAUGAAAGGGGAGACAUUAUGGUACCUGACUUAGCAAAAAGAGGACAGAUAAGCCUGGGAUCAGAUGAAGCCACACAGGUACCUACAGACGUAGCAUGUGUGAGCAGUAGUCAGGGUUCUCUGUUACUCACCAUUACUGACACACCUUCUAAAGGCAUUUCAACAAAAGACAAUGUGUUUGAUAAAGUGUCUGAGACGAAUGGAAUAGUGGAAGAUUGUGAUAAACAGGUUGCUAGUUUCAAGACUAUAGACUCCAAAAACCACAUCGACACUACAGAUGAAAGAGAAAGAGGUUUCCCUUUGGAAGGAAAUGAGACCGAAACACCACAUAACAGUGUGGACACUUUUGAUGUUGAUGAUUCUUGUAAAACUGUAAGUCUUUCACCAUGUGUCAGGCAAAUGGCAUAUCUUGAGACAACAGCGAGUCAGGUUGUUAGCCCUGUACAGAGUGACUCUGGGAUAUCAUGUUCAUCACAAAGUGAUAUCUGCUCUGAAGAAAGUAAAUUAGAGUGUGUUCCUAAUCCUGAACAGGAAUUCGACAGGUCCAAAGUGGAGUCUGAAACAAAUGCAUAUUUUGACAAAAGGCCUUAUGAGGGCUUAAGCGCUUCACUACCAACGAUAGAAGAUCUUGCACAAAUUAGAACACCUGUUGAAUCGCAGUCAAACUCAUCUUUAUAUUGUGCAAGUGCCACUGUAGCAGAGGUGAAUUCACGUACUGAUGAACAACACAUAUUAGCUCAGAAUAUGCUGAAUGAGAAAGAGGAGGUGUCAUCUCAGAGCAAUGCAUCAAAUAAAGCUAAAUACUCCAAUAAUGUAAGAGAGAACCUAGACGAUAAGCAUUCUGUUGAGGAUUCAGGUGUGUUUAGUUCUGAAAACAGAGUAAAGGACAUGGUUAAAUAUGAGGACAGAAAUGCACCAGAAACAGAAGUUGAGCCUAGUGCGAUUUGUGCAGAAAGCAGUAUUGACUUAGAAAAGAAUGAUGACAUUGAAAACUCUGUAGGUUUCAAAGGCUCAGAGGGCAAAUGUCAGCUCAAUUUGAUGGAUUUAGUUGGAUCACCAGGAAAUUCAGAGCAGUUGCCACUUGAAGUUGUUACGAAUUCUAGUCAAGGUGAUUCAAAUGGAGGUAACCAUAACAUGCACUACCCAAGUGAGCAAGGCAUAUUUUAUAAUCAUGUAGCCCCAAAGAGCACUACAAAAGAUGAGUUAACCAGAUCAUCUGAACCAGACUUUACAAGUGACAAUGAUACACAAGUAAAAGACUUAGAAACGCUAGAGUCAUCCUCGGGUCAUUGUUCACAGGAUAUAAUCGCAGAAUUCAAUGAUAUGCAGUCUGCCGCCCUAAUUCCAAGUCCUUCAGUUAAAUUAAUGCGUGAUCAAAAUAGCGAACAAUGUGGAAACAUCUUCAACCAUUCUCAAGCUGGGGUUGCUGUACACCAGGAUGAUCUUCAUUUUUCUCACAUGGCAAUGGCCGAAGAUGAAAGUUUACCAAAAUCGAUCGGAGGCAGUGAUUUAAAGUCUUUUUUAAAUGAGUUGAUCCAAAUGAAGAUGGAUGGAGCAAGUAUGGAUGAGACUCAAAAACAAAAAUGCCAAGCCAUCGAUAGCAUUAUUGAAAUUAUUCAGCACCACUCACCAACCAAUCAUGACAGUUCAAAUGAGAGAAGUGGGGAUCCUGAUAUCCUCUUGGAUUUGAAAAAACAUGAAGAACCAAGAGAAGCUCAAAACUGGCCACCUGAUGAGAGUAAUGAUGAACCAAAGCAUCAGACUGAUCUACUGGAGAUGAUUCAUGGGAUCUCCACAGACAGAGAUAAAGGAAUGCUCGAGGAAGUGAAUGGAAAGCCAAGCAGCCCUUUGGAAGACACUGCCCUAAAUGAGGAAGGCAUGGAAGCCAAAAUCAUUCCUGUUCCAAUCAAAGAUGAUGCUGCUGCAGAUGACAUCUUCAGGCCAACCGAGUCUAACCACCUGCUUUCAAUGGCAGAUGAUCCAUACAUACAGCAAACAGAUGGAGUCAAAGCUAGAAAAUAUUCCACCCAGAGUUACUUGGAAUGUGUUGGGAGGCUUCAGGAUCACUGUGAUACUCUUGAAGAAAUAAGAAGCGACUUGCAGACCAAGGGUCUGUUAGCAGAAGACAUUGAGGGGUUGCAUUGUCAGUUAAAAGAAGUUCAGUCUCUGGAAGCACAGAUUGCUGCUCUCCCUGACCUGCUUACAGCAGAUUUGAGUGUAGCAGAUCAACUUCUGAAUUCAGCUGACGAAAACGUUCCCACGCAAAUCCACCAAGAUUUGGCCACAGUCUAUGUAGAUUUACAGAAUGCUUUCACAGAUGUUUGCCACUUGUCAGCUGAGCGAAAUCAUGCUAUUCUGCUAGCCAUUGAGACAGUGAAGAUCCAUUUGGAAACCUUGUAUCAGGAUUUGCUAAGCUCACUUGAGAAGGUCUCCGCUUAUAUGCAAGACAAUUCUGAGAUGGUUUCUAAGCUUGAUAUCAUGGAUGCUGAUAACAUAGGAAUAAUUAAGAACAAGAUUCAGCAAAAUACGGACAUAGAGAAAGACUUAUCAGGAACCCGACAGCUCCUAGAAGAUGCUGCUUUUAAUAUCCAAAACUUCAUUUCUGACCAUGCUCAGUUCCUGAGUCCCACUCACAGCAGACACCUCCUGAGGGCUCUUAGCACUACCCAGAGAUCCUUCAAAGAGCUCAUGGACAGAGUCUUCACUCAGAGACAAACUCUUGAGGUCCAGUUGGAGAUCUGUGAGGAUGAGGCUCAGCAGCAGGCUGCUGUGGAGAAGCAGAGGGAGUUUUCAGAGAAACUGCAGGAGCUGUUUGAUGAUCUGACACAGACAGAAAACCGCCUCAUUGGACACCAGCAGCAGGCUGCCAGCGCGAAGACUGUGGGAGACCUCCAGCAGUACCAACAAGAGCAUCAGGCUCUACAGAAAGACCUCCAGGCUAAUGUCAGCGCGCUCAAUGAAGUCAUUAGUAGCACUGAAAAGUUUCUGGAGGAGAAUCGCAGUAAACUCACUCCAGAGCAGAUAUCGGCUCUUGAGGACAAACUGGAGGAACUGAAGAGCAAAGCGAAUAUGCUUAACCAGAAGUCAGAAGAGUCAAGGAAGGAUCUAGAGAAGGUUUUGAGCAGUGCCAUCAAGCAGGAGACUGAGAAGGAGGCCGCUGUUGAACAACUCGAAGAGAGCAAAGCUAAGAUUGAGGGUCUUCUUGGCUGGAUCUCCAACAUUGGGAAAGAGAAAGAAAUGGGUGGAAUACAAAAGGACCAGAUGGUUAAACAGAAUGGAAACAUGCCUGAGAACAAAUCAAUGAAGGGACUAAUCGGAGAGGAAGAUGACCCUAAUGGAAAUGCAUUAGAUACCACAGAUAACACAAGUCUACAUGUUGGUGAAAAACAAGACGCUCAAGACCUGGAUCUGGACCAGCAGUUUAAUAUGGUUCAAGCCCGCCACCAGGAGAUUUUGUCCCAGCAGCAGGAUCUGAUCAUCGCCACACGGUCAGCACAGGCGUUACUCGACAAACAGGCGCAGGUCCUGUCACCCGCUGAGAAAGACAAGUUACAGAGGGACAUUAGAGAGCUGGAGGCACGCUACGAGUCCUCUCUCACGCAGGCCGAGCAGCAGAUGAAGCAGGUCCAGACUGUCCAGGAGGAGCUUCAGAAGUUCAAGGGGGACUGUGAGGAGUUUGAGACCUGGUUACAGCAGGCCCACGGGCAGAUGGGGGAGCUCGGUGCGCCCGCCACUGGUCUGGACACUCUGAGUAACAAUCUACAGAGACAGAAGAGCUUCUCUGAGGACGUCAUCUCUCAUAAAGGAGACCUGCGCUUCAUAACCAUCUCCGGUCAGAAGGUGCUGGACACAGCGAAGGCCUGCGAUCCCGGUGAAUCAGACGGCCUGCCGAUGGUUGAUAUGUCCAGGACUUGUGCUGCAGUGAAAGAAAGGCUGGACUCAGCCACCAGCCAAUACAAAGCCUUGCAUACGCAGUGUAAUCAGCUUGGAGUUAACUUGAAAGACGUGGUGGACAAGUACAAGAAGUAUGAAGACGCCAGUGGUGCUCUGGUGAAGUGGCUGAAUGUCUCUGAGGAAGAGUCCAGAAGACAGCAGUCCGAGCCCAUCGCUGGAGACCCCCAGACCCUACAGAGACAGCUGGAGGAGACCAAGAGUCUUCAAGGCCAAACAACGUCCCGUCAGGCUGCGGUGGAUACACUGAGAAAAACUGCUGAUGCCUUGAUCAGCGCAGAGGGAGACCUGCUGUCCCAUCCAGAGGAGAUUCAGGAGACAGUGGAUGACAUCGUAGAGAGAUAUGACAACCUGUCGAAGUCAGUGAGUGACCGAAACGAGAAGCUGCAGGUGACCCUGACGCGCUCCCUGAGUGUGCAGGACGGGCUGGAUGAGAUGAUGUCCUGGAUGGAGAAGGUGGAGGAGAGUGUGAAGGAGACGCCCAAAGUGCUGCUGGACUCCAGCUCCAUUGCAGAUGCACUUAGCAAGGAGGCAGCUCUGGAGCAGGACAUGUCCAGCAGGCAGAGCAGCAUCUUGGCCAUGAAGGCAAAGGUGAAGAAGUUUGUGGAGGGUGCUGAGCCGGCCGCUGGAGUCCUCCUCCAGACGAAGAUGGAGGGCUUGUCCCAGCGGUUUACUGACGCCUCUGAGCGCCACACGCAGAAGGUGGCUCAGAUGGAGGAGCUCCGAGACAAGGUGGAGCAGUUUGAGAAGACAUCUGAGAAGGUGCAGCAGUUUGUGCUGAAGAGCUCCCAGGCUCUCUCAGAGUCAGACGGGCCAGGGAAGAACAUCACUGAGCUCUCCCAGCUCCUCCAGGACACAAAUGCAGAGUUAGCCGAGCACACAAAGGACAUGGGGACGCUCCAGAAACUGACGGAGGAGCUCAGCAAGCUGGGUCCAGAAGGAAGCGCAGCUCUUCUUCAGAGCAAGAUGCAGAACAUCUCUGAUGGCUUUAAUGCUUUUAAGGAGACACUUACUGAUAAAAAAGAGGAGGUUUCAUCCUGCCAGAAGCAGCUGCAGGAGUUCAGAGCUGCCGCAGGGCUGGUAAUGAAGUGGCUGGAGGAGACAAAAGAGCAAGUGCCAGAGCUUCAGCCCAACUGCAGUGAACAGAGCCUGGGAACAGACCUGCAGCAAACCACUGGCUUAUUGGACGAAUGGACACUCAAAGCUCCUGCAGUCCAGGAUAUAAAUAGCCAAGGAUCUGCUCUGUGUAGCCUAAUCAGUGUUUUGACAUCACCGGCCAAAGCCAAGAUACAUCACAACUCAGGAUCAGCUGUCAGUAACGGUUCUGGUCCAGGCAGCCAUUCUUAUCUAACAAACCAAGAGUUGAUGCUGGUCCAGCAGAACAUGUCCUCCAUUAACAACGGUUACAAACAUCUGGGGGAGCUCCUGAAGGCCAGGUCCUCUGAGCUCAGCGCUUUGUUGAAGAGAGUUCAAGGCGUCCAUGAUCAGGCUGAGUCUUUACGUCAGUGGAUGGAAGACACAAAGAAGACAGCAGCAUCGUUGAGUAACCAUCCAUCUGGGAAAGAUGCAGUAAAAUCACAGAAGAUCUUUGAAGAUAAUAUGAAACAAAAGCAAGUGCAGCUCCAGCAGCUCAGGGAGAAUCUGCUCAGCUUAAUCGAGGAACACCCUGAUUCACCCGAGGCCGAAAAGUGGAAGCACGUGCUGGCACAGAUAGAUGCAGGAUGGGAGGAGGUCGAGGGCACACUGGAGGUCCAGAAACAGCACCUGGAGGAGUCGUCCCGCAUGCUGGAGCUCUUCCAGACGACCCAGCCGCAGCUCUCGCAGUGGCUGCAGGAGAAGGAGCUGAUGAUGGGCGUCCUGGGGCCUCUGUCUGUGGACCCAAACAUGCUUAACACACAAAAACAGCAGGUCCAGAUUCUCCUCAAGGAGUUUGACAGCCGCAAGCCUCAGUAUGAGAAGUUAACCGAGGCGGCCACAGCCAUCGCUAGUGCGUCAGAGCAGCAGGAUCCUGCCGUAGAGCAGGUUAAAGAACAGCUGGCAUCUGUUUCCCAGAAGUGGCAGGCCCUGACAGGUCAGCUGUCUCAGAGACAUGCUCUCAUUGAGCAGGCUGUCGGUAAGACCACUCAGUUCCAGGAGCUCUUACGAAGCCUCAGUAAAAGUGCCACCUGCCUGGAGACUGAACUUAAUAACCAGCAGGCCCUCAGCACCCAACCUGAUGAAGUCAAGAAGCAGAUUGAAGCCACUAAUUCAAUCCUGGCUCAGCUACGAGAGGAGAAGAAGAAGCUGAAGGAGGCAGAAACUGUCUGCUCUGAGCUCUCUGCUAUGGUGACUGAAGAGUAUCUCAGAGCAGACUUGACAAAACAGCUUGAGGGCAUCACUAAACCAUUUAGACAACUUGAGGAAAAAGCAGGAAAGCGGAUUGAGCAGCUCAACUCAGCCUUCGCCAGCUCCCAGCAGUUCCAUCAGACAUCGAAGGACUUCCAAGCCUGGCUGAAUCAGACUCUGCAGGAGCAGUGUACACCACAGCCCAUCUCUGCUAAUGCAGAGAAGUUAAAACAGAGUCUCAAGGAGAACAGUGCAGCUCAAAAGGCCAUUAAUGAGCACCAAGAACCCUAUACCACCAUCGUUAAAGAGGGAGAAGCUCUUCUCCAGAGCACAGAGGGGGCAGAAAAGGUGGCUCUUCAGGGACAGCUCUCUGCUCUAAGGUCCAAUUGGGACGAUGUGAAGAAAAAUAAUGCUGCACAUGCAGAAAAGCUUCAAGGGGCCUUGCAGAGGGCACAGAAGUACAAGGAACAUUCUGAGAAUCUGAGCUCAUGGUUGCACGAGUGUGAAGACAGGGAGAAGACCGUGAAGCUCAGCGUGAACUCGGUGGAGAUCGAGGGAUCCCUCUCACAGUUGAAGGCCAUCCAGAAAGACGUUGAACAGCACAGAGGGCAAGUUGUGAUGAUGAACUCAGCUGCAGACAGCCUCCUGGAGAUAGUCACCUCAGAUGGGGAUUCGGUUAGGGAGGAGAUGGAAACCAUUGCUAAAAGAGUGGAUAAGCUGACAGAAGAUCUAACGCUCAAAAGAGAAUCAUUAGAAAAUAUCUCACAGAAGCUGAAAGAGUUCAACGACUUACAGAAGGAAGCCAAAGGGCAGCUGGAGGCUGCCAGGAAACAGCUGGAUUCUCACUCGGAUUUGGGUGUCCAGGCCUACAGCAGCAAGAACUUUACCAACAUGAAGGCUCAGCAGAACAGCUUAGAGGGUGUCCACAACCAGAUUGGGCAUCUCAAAAAUCUGGCAAAAAGUCUUGUGGUAGAUGCUUCUGAGAUGGAAGGGGUGACAGACCUUCUUCUUCAGGCAGACAGCUUGGAAAAAGACCACAUGUCAAUUAGCAAAAAGGUAGAGGAUGCCUGCUCCACCAUAGAGAACAAGCUCCAGGGCAUUGGACAAUUCCAGAACAGCAUUCGUGAAAUGUUUGCGAACUUCACAGACCUGGACGAUGAGUUCGAUGGGAUGGCUCCUGUAGGCAGGGAUCUUGACACCUUACGGGAUCAGGAAAGCGCUAUCAAAGACUUUGUUGCUAGACUUCAGGAUCUGAUGACCAACACGGCCAACGGCAGAGACAGUUGCAAGAAGAUGUUGGAGUCAGAAGCCUCCCCAGAUCUCCUGGGUCUGAAGAGAGACUUGGAAACCCUGGACAAGCAGUGUGGAAAGCUGAUGGACCGAGCCACGGGUAGAAGAGAACAGGUUACGGAGACCCUCAGUCAUCUGGAGGAGUUCUACAGCAAGACGCAAGAGUUCACUCACAAACUGAGCAGUGCUGAAAAACAAGAGGAGUCCCAAGGGUCUGUUGGAUUGGAAACAGAAGUCAUUAACCAACAACUGGAGGACUUCAAGGUUUUCCAAAGGGACGUCACCGAGUCGCUGCAGAGCCAAUUGCAGGAGUUGAACACUCUGGGCCAGGCACUGAUCCAAAAUGCCACCAAAGGCACAAGCACCAUAAAACUUGAUCAGGAUCUAGAGGAGGUCAACACCAGAUGGAACACCCUCAACAAAAAAGUUGCGGAGCGAUCUGCACAGCUUCAUGAAGCCCUGCUGCACUGUGGCAGGUUCCAGGAUGCACUGGAGUCCCUUCUCAGCUGGCUCACGGACACCGAGGAGCUGGUGGCCAAUCAGAAGCCUCCAUCAGCAGAAUUCAAAGUGGUGAAAGCACAGAUACAAGAGCAGAAGCUUCUGCAGAGACUGCUGGAUGACCGGAGAGCCACGGUGGAGCUGAUUAAGACGGAGGGACGGAAGGUGACCAAUUUAGCUGAUCAUUUUGAUAAGGAGAAGAUUGCGAGAGAGAUCGAAUGCCUGGGCCAAAGGUGGGACGACCUACUUAAGAAAGCUGACAACAGGCAAAAGCAGUUGGAGAAUAUUUUGGUGGUGGCACAGCAAUUUCACGAGACCCUUGAGCCUUGGACGGAGUGGCUCACAGCUACUGAAAAAAAACUAGCCAACUCAGAGCCCAUCGGCACCCAGACGUCCAAGUUGGAAGAGCAAAUUUCUCAGCAUAAGGCUUUAGAGGAGGAGGUUUUGGGCCGUGGUAAGAUCUUGUACCAGGCCCUGAGUCUGGGCCAGUCUUUACGGACAGUCAGCUGUGCGGAUGACAAGGAGCUGGUGCAGGCAAAGCUUGAUACCAUGCACAGCAGCUACAUCGAGCUGCAGGAGCGUUGCCGCCAGAAGGCCGAAUUAUUGCGGCAGGCGCUGGCUAAUGCACAGCUCUUUGGGGAGGACGAAGUGGCCCUAAUGACAUGGCUUGAUGAGGUGCACAGCAAACUGAGCAAAGUCUCGAUCCAAGACUACACGACGGCCGUGCUCGCUAAACAUCAUGCUGAGCAGCUGGCUCUUCAUGAGGACAUUGAGUUGAGGAAACUAAAUAUUGAACAGGCCAUCCAUAAUGGGUUAGAACUACUGAAACAAACCACAGGCGAUGAGGUUGUCGUCAUCCAAGGUAAACUAGAUGGAAUAAAGACGAGGUAUUCAGAGAUCAACACAAUGAGCAACAAUGUUUCAAAGACUCUGGACAAAGCCCUGUCUCUCGCCACUAAACUGCAAAACACACACGAGGAGCUGAACUCCUGGUUGGAGAAGGUAGAGUCGGAGUUGGCCAUGUUUAAAGCUCAAGAGCCGGUCGGAGAGCAGCUCACUUGCUUACAGGAGAGGCAGAAAACGCUGAUGAAGGAGGUUAAGGAUCAGAAGCCAGUGGUUGACUCUCUUAAUGAAGUAAGCAGCGCUCUGCUGGAACUCGUCCCAUGGCGAGCAAGAGAAGGUCUGGACAGGAUGGUCACAGAUGACAACGAGCGCUACAGAACGGCUAGCGAUGCUAUUACACAGCAUGUAGACCAGACUGGAGCUGCCAUCUUAAAGUCCCAGCAGUUUGAGCAGGCAGCCAGCUCUGAGCUCCAGUGGCUGACGGAGGCAGAGAGGAAAUUGUCUUGCCUUGGGGACGUCAGGCUUGAGCCGGAGCAGACCACCGCUCAACUGCAGGCUCAGAAGAGCUUCUCCAUGGACAUUAUGAGACAUAAAGACGCCGUGGAUGGCAUCGUGAAGACUGGCGAGGCCAUUAUGAACAACAAAGAUGAGGCAGAGAAGCAGGCGUUAAGGGUGAAGCUCCAGGCGUUGUCAGAGAAGUACAGUGUGGUUAGUCAGCUGAAUUCGGAGCGCUGUCUGCAGCUGGAGAGAGCUCAUUCUCUGGCCUGUCAGUUCUGGGAGACACACGAUGAACUGUGGCCAUGGCUGCAGGAGACGAGGACUGCCUUCACUCAGCUGGCCCAGCCCACUAUUGAGUACGAAGCACUUCGACAGCAACAAGAGGAGCUGAGGCAAAUGAGGGAGCUGAUAGCAGAGCACAAGCCACACAUUGACAAGAUGAAUAAAACUGGACCUCAGCUGGUGGAGUUGAGUCCCACUGAGGGGGCACCAAUCAGAGAGAAAUACCAGGCCGCAGACAAACUGUACAGCCAGCUGAAAGUGGACGUCAAGCACAGAGCGGCUGCCCUGGACGAGGCCAUCUCCAAAUCCACUCAGUUCCAUGAUAAGAUAGACCCAAUGCUGGAGUCUCUGGAGCGCAUCGCCGAACGCCUGCGUCAGCCUCCAUCCAUCUCUGUCGAGGUGGAGAAGAUCCGAGAGCAGAUAUCGGAGAACAAAGCCGUUAAUGUAGACCUGGAGAAACUUCAGCCAUCGUAUGAGACCCUCAAGCAGCGAGGAGAGGAGAUGAUCGCUCGCUCCGAAGGAGCAGACAAGGACCUUUCGGCCAAAGCUGUUCAAGAUAAGCUGGACCAGAUGGUGUUUCUGUGGAAUGACAUCCAAGCUCUUCUGGAGGAAAGAGAGGCCAAGCUCCUGGAUGUCAUGGACUUAGCCGAGAAGUUCUGGUGUGAUCACUGCGCUCUGAUCGUCACCAUCAAAGACACACACGACCUGCUGAAAGAGCUGGAGGAGCCUGGAGUCGAUCCUUCAGUGGUCAAGCAGCAGCAAGAGUCUGUGGAGGGCUUUAGAGAGGAGAUCGAGGGACUGCAGGAGGAACUGACUGUGGUCCAGAAUCUGGGGGCGGAGUUUAUGACAGCAUGCGGAGAACCUGAUAAACCAGUGAUCAAGAAAAGUAUAGAUGAGGUGAACUCAGCUUGGGAAACCCUGAACAAGGCAUGGAAAGAGAGAGUAGAGAGUCUAGAGGAAGCCAUGCAGGCUGCGGUGCAGUUCCAGGACAGUCUCCAGAACAUGUUUGACUCGGUGGAUAUUAUGGAAGGCAAACUGGAUUCGAUGUCGCCCGUGGGCACGGACCUGGAGACUGUGAAACAGCAGAUCGAGGAGCUGAAGGAGUUCAAAGGUGACACGUACCAGCUACAGAUCGAGAUGGAAAGGCUGAACCAUCAGGCCGGGAUUCUGCUGAAGAAGGUGCGAGAGGAAGCCGAGCGCAGUUCCAUCCUGGAGCCAAUGAAUGAGCUGAAAAUGUUCUGGGACAACCUGGAUAAAAAGAUCAUCAACCGACAGCACAAGCUGGAAGGAGCGCUGCUGGCUCUGGGGCAGUUCCAGCAUGCUUUAGAUGAACUUCUGGCUUGGCUCACUCACACCGAAGAACUGCUUGGUGAACAGAGGAAGGCCUGCGGUGACCCCAAAGCCAUCGAGAUCGAGCUCGCAAAGCACCACGUGUUGCAGAACGAUGUGCUGGCCCACAAGACCACGGUGGAGGCAGUGAACAAGGCCGGCAGUGACCUCAUUGAUUCCAGCGCUGGAGAAGAGGCGCAAGGUCUGCAGAACAAGCUGGAGAACCUCAACCAGCGCUGGAGGACUAUCCUGGAGAAGACUGAGCAGAGAAGACAGCUUCUGGACAGUGCCCUGCUGCAGGCUCAGGGUUUUCAUGGUGAGAUUGAAGACAUGCAGCAGUGGCUGAAAGACACCGAGCGUCAGCUGUUAGCAUCGAAGGCCCUCGGUGGUUUACCAGACACGGCCCGAGAGCAGCUUAACACCCAUCUGGAGCUCUGCAGGACACUGGAAGCCAAGGAGGAAAUAUACAAGCAGCUUCUUGACCGGGGGCAGCACAUUUUGACCUUGACCCCUGAAGGUCAAGACAGCACCACUGAACUGGACCUGCACAACCUGCAGGAGAAGUGGGAGUGUGUUCAGGCCAAAGUGACGGAGAGGAAGGUGAAACUGGAGGAGGCCCUGGCGCUGGCCACAGACUUCCAUAACUCACUACAGGAUUUCAUUAACUGGCUGACGCAGGCCGAACAGACCCUCGCCACGGCCUCGCCUGCCUCCCUCAUCCUGGAGACCAUCAUGUUCCAGAUAGACGAGCAUAAGGUGUUUGUGACUGAGGUGAACUCCCAUCGGGAUCAGAUCAUCGAGCUGGAUAAGACAGGAACACACCUCAAGUACUUCAGUCAGAAACAGGACGUGGUGUUGAUCAAGAACCUGCUGCUGAGCGUUCAAGGCCGCUGGGAGAAGGUCGUGCAGAGGUCAGUGGAGAGAGGACGCCUGCUGGACGAUGCCAGGAAACGUGCCAGACAGUUCCAUGAAUCCUGGAUCAAACUGAUGGAGUGGCUGGAGGAGUCCGAGAGAGCGCUGGACUCUGAGCUGGAGAUCGCUAAUGAUCCGGACAAGAUCAAGACGCAGUUAACCCAGCACAAGGAGUUCCAGAAAGCUCUGGGCAGCAAGCAUUCGGUGUAUGACACCAGCAGUCGCACGGGCCGCGCUCUGAAGGACAAGACCUCCUUGAAAGAUGACAACCAGAAACUGGACGACAUGCUCAGUGAGCUCCGGGACAAGUGGGACACAGUCUGCGGGAAAUCUGUGGAGAGGCAGAAUAAGCUGGAGGAGGCUCUGCUGUUCUCAGGUCAGUUCACAGACGCACUGCAGGCUCUCAUCGACUGGCUUUAUAAAGUGGAACCACAGCUAGCUGAAGAUCAGCCUGUGCAUGGAGACAUAGACCUCGUCCUGAACCUCAUCGACAGCCAUAAGGUGUUCCAGAAAGAGUUGGGCAAAAGGACUGGCAGCGUGCAGGCUUUGAAGCGCUCGGCCCGUGAGCUCACCGAGAGCAGUCACGAUGACUCGUCCUGGGUCAAAGUUCAGAUGCAAGAGCUGAGCACGCGCUGGGAGACGGUGUGCAGCCUCUCUGUGUCCAAACAGACACGGCUCGAGCAGGCACUGUGUCAGGCUGAGGAGUUCCACUCCAGCGUUCAUAUCUUACUGGAGUGGCUUGCCGAGGCCGAGCAGAGCCUUCGCUUCCACGGUGCUCUUCCUGACGAUGAAGAAGCCCUCCGCGCUCUCAUUGAACAGCACAAGGAGUUCAUGAAGAAGCUGGAGGAGAAGCGACUGGCCCUGAAUAAAGCCACGAGCAUGGGAGAAGCCAUCCUGUCCAUCUGCCACCCAGACUCCAUCAGCACCAUCAAACACUGGAACACCAUCAUUAAAGCACGCUUUGAGGAGGUAACAGCCUGGGUCCGACAGCACCAGCAGAGACUCUCCAGUGCUCUGGCUGAACUGCUGGCCACUCAGGAACUGCUGGAGAACCUGCUCAACUGGCUGCAGUGGGCCGAAACCACGCUCGGAGAGAAAGACAAGGAACCUCUUCCUCAAGAGUUAGAGGAAGUCAAAACGCUCAUCGCUGAGCACCAGACAUUCAUGGAAGAGAUGACCAGAAAACAACCAGAUGUGGAUAAAAUCACCAAAACUCAUAAGAGAAAAGCCACAGUGGAUCCUCCGGUUCAGUCUCAGAUCCCUGUUCUAGGGAAAGGACGGACGCCCAGAAAGAGAUCUCCUACACAGUCCAUGUACACCGCAGCAUCACAGGCACAAAUCGAGACGAAGAACCCCCGAGUGAACCUGCUGUUCAGUAAGUGGCAGCAGGUGUGGCUUCUGGCACUGGACAGGAGGAGGAAGCUCAACGAUGCUCUGGACAGACUAGAGGAGCUGAAAGAGUUUGCCAACUUUGACUUUGACGUAUGGAGGAAGCGCUACAUGCGCUGGAUGAACCACAAGAAAUCACGCGUCAUGGAUUUCUUCCGCCGUAUCGAUAAAGACCAGGAUGGAAAAGUCACAAGGCAGGAAUUCAUCGAUGGCAUCCUGUCCUCAAGGUUCCCCACCAGUCGUCUGGAGAUGAGCGCUGUGGCAGACAUCUUUGAUCGUGACGGCGAUGGCUACAUCGACUACUAUGAGUUUGUGGCUGCUCUGCAUCCCAACAAAGAUGCUUACAAACCAUUAACCGAUGCGGACAAAAUUGAAGAUGAGGUGACUCGCCAAGUUGCAAAGUGCAAGUGUCCGAAACGCUUCCAAGUAGAGCAGAUUGGCGCCAACAAAUAUCGGUUCUACCUUGGAAAUCAGUUUGGAGAUUCGCAGCAGCUGCGGCUGGUGAGGAUCCUGCGCAGUACGGUGAUGGUGCGGGUGGGUGGAGGUUGGAUGGCCCUGGAUGAGUUCCUGGUGAAGAAUGACCCAUGCAGAGUUCACCACCACGGGAGUAAAAUGUUGCGUUCGGAAUCAAAUUCUUCAAUUACUCAGUCUCCUAUAGGUUGGCAACUCUCACACUUUCUCUCCUUGCUCCAUCCCAGUGCUAAGGGCAGAACAAAUGUGGAGCUGCGUGAGAAGUUUAUUCUUCCAGAAGGCACCACCCAGGUGAUGGCCAGUUUCCGUUACAGAGGUCGAAGGUCACGGCCGUCCUCGAGAGGUGCCUCCCCUAACAGAUCCAACUCUAGCCACAACUGCCCCGCACAACCCAACCCACCCGGCUCCAACACACCCAAGACACUCCAACAUUUAACCCGCAAUUAUGAUAAACCCUGGCUGACAAACAGCAAAUCAGCUACUCCUCUUAAAUCAUCUGACUCCUUUGAGAGCCAAGGGUCGUCCAAUGAGAGCACCCCUAUUCAGGGCAGCAAGCUUCGUCUUCCAGGUUAUUUGUCGGGAAAAGGCUUUCAGUCAGGAGAGGAUGGAUCCUUGAUAAACUCUGCAGUCAUGAAGGUCAGGGGUCAAGCCAUGGGGUUGAGUAAGAUCCCAGGCAGCAAAGCAGGAAGCCGAGGGAGCAGCCGCCGUGGCAGUGACGCCUCAGACUUCGAUAUUUCAGACAUCCAGUCGGUUUGCUCGGACAUGUCAGAGACAGUGACAGACUCAGGACGCCCGACUCCACGCUCAGCCUCACGCCAACACGGAGGCAAACCCUCCAAAAUCCCAACUCCCCAACGGAGGAGCACCCCUACUAGCAAACUGGCCAAGACCACCAAGAGAUAGUCAACAGUCCAGUCGGCAGAAUCGGCCUUGUUCCAGGCCUCAUUUUUUGACAGCACUGGGUUAGCGCACACUAAACAAAGACUGGACAGAUUUCGAUCGACACUGAAGACUGCCAAGUGUUAUGUUAUCGUUUUUAAAAAGCGUAGCAAGAUGUAAAUUAUUCUGUUGUGAACGUAAAAAAGGAAGUUCAUGUGGGGUGUGUGUGUGAUUGUGUGUGUGUGCGUGUGUGGAAUGCAACGGCUUUGUGUAUUUGUCCUGUACUUUACGUGAAUGUUGCGUCAAUAAUAUUUUGUUCGAUCCCUGGGGAAAGUCAGCCAACACAAGAAGAUUGUAUGUUGUUAGGUAACACUUUUCCACAUGUUUGCGUUGAGGUAGAAGCUGAAUGUACAGUUGUUUCCUCCUGCGGACAUGCGUGUUGGCGAUAAUAUGCCUUUGUAUUCUGCCAGGACACCACAAUUAUUUAUUCAUCUAUUUAAAGUGCAAUGACCAGCUGCUGUUAUGCAUUUAAAGGGCAAUUCGAUACCACUGCUACACUACAACUGUAAUCCCUGCUAUUAUACACUACAGUUAAUCCUGAUCAUGGCCAUUAAACUUGCAUAUAAAACAACCGUCUGUAGCACCCGCAGUAAUGUUUGUUUCGAUCAAAUCACCUUACUGUGACUACAACGUUUUGACUAAAAGCAUUCAUAAGUGCAAUCAUGCCUGUGUACUCUAUGGUUCCUUUUUGCCUGAGUGAUGCAAAUUACUCAACUUUUUGUAAUAAAUAUGCUUGCUGAAAGCUCAACAAUA